GAGACGCUUUACGUUAACUCUGUCGCCGUUACUAAGGACAGCUCACCCCUAUUGGCUCGUACGAGUGCCGGAAAGCGUACAAACAAGAACAAGAAACUGACGGGACAUUUUUUUUAAGAUUUAUUUAUAAUUUCUUCUUCAUGUGGAGUUGGAUUUUUUUCUCACUAUGGCUGAGAAGUUUGACAAUCUCGAAGAGCACCUGGAGAAAUUUAUCGAAAAUAUACGACAGCUGGGAAUCAUCGUCAGCGAUUUUCAACCAAGCAGCCAAACAGGACUGAAUCAGAAACUAAAUCUGAUGAUCACAGGACUGCAAGAUAUUGAAAAGUGCCGGCAACAGCUUAACGACAUCCAUGUACCUUUGGAAGCAUUUGAAUACAUCGACCAGGGCCGCAAUCCACAGCUUUACACCAAAGAGUGUCUGGAGCGAGCCUUGGCUAAAAAUGAACAGGUGAAAGGGAAGAUCGAUACCUUGACGAAGUUUAAAAGUCUCCUCAUCGUUGAGCUGGGGAAGGUUUUUCCUGAAGAAAUGGCCAAAUAUAAAGCGAUUCAUGGAGACGACCCUCCUUCAUAGUCACAUAAGGAAUCAGCAAAUCCACUGUACAUAUGUCCAUAUUCACACAUUUUCCACAGUUAAGAACAUCAAUCAUGAUUUACAUUUCUACAGCUUUUUCCAACGUUUGUAUUUGCAUUUGUAUUCCUCAGAGAUAUUGUGUCACUGUAACGGCGCAAUCUGAACUUUUUUUUUGUGUGCGUGUAACGGAUUGUAAUUUACUUUUGCCUUUGUGUUAUGAAAUAAAUAAUUACUGUAUUAUACUAUAAA